UCGUGAUGCUUCUCUGACGUCAGGGGGGGGGGACGGAAGUGAUGCAGCUCGUGUGUUCCUCGAUCAGCUAAUCCGUGUUGAUGAUGCAAAUGUUCUCUAAAUCUAAUCACAACAUGGUGAUACGUGAUUGAAAACAUUCUUGCGUCAUUAUUCAUAUUUUGUUUUCCUGCCGAGCGGAGAGAUGGAUCCGUCCCGGAGGAGCGAGAGCGACUGGCAGGCGCUGGCCAACGAGUUCCUCAUUUGUAAGCAGAAGUUGGAGAGUAAGACAGAAGCUCUUCUGAUUCUGUCAAAGGAGCUGGACACCUGCCAGCAGGAGAGGGAUCAGUACAAACUGAUGGCCAACCAGCUGCGUGAGCGACACCAAGGACUCAAAAAGAAGUACAGAGAACUCAUUGAUGGAGAUCCCUCUCUGCCUCCUGAGAAAAGAAAUCAAGUGAAUUUAGCUCAGCUACUGAGAGACUCCAGAGAAAAAAGCAUUCAACUUUCUGAGGAGACGAAGGAGCUAAAACAACGACUGGUGGAAGCUCAAGGUGAUAACAAGCUUUUACGAAUGACCAUUACCAAACAGAGGCUGGGAGACGAGGAGGUUGGCGCUCGACACUUCCCUGCCCAUGAACGAGAGGAUCUGGUCAAACAGUUGGAAAGAGCCGGAAAGCAGAACGAGGUACUGGAGCACAGUGUUAAGUCGCUCACAGACGAGCUUCAGGACGUACGAGCAGAGCGCGACGUGUUUCAGCAGAAAGCUCACCGUCUUAAUGUGGAAGUGAACCACAUUUUGGGCAACGAUGAGAUACGCAUUUUAGACAUAGAUGCACUCUGCAUGGAGAACAGGUAUUUGCAUGAACGGUUCUGUCAACGUCAGGAGGAAAUCAAUUUGCUUAAAACAAACCUGGUGAAGUACAAGAGUGCCCUGGACUGUAGGAAAACCUCUAAAAUCUGUGGGAAACCCAACAGCAGUGCAUUGACUGGGGUGCUCUCUGCUAAACAAGUGAAGGAAUUGUUGCUGUCUGAAGAAAACGGCUGCAGUUUGCCUGUGACUCCUCAGUCCAUCUCAGACCUCAAAUCUCUCGCCACAGCUCUGCUGGAAACCAUCCACGAGAAGAACAUGGUGAUUCAGCACCAACGCCAAAUCAACAAGAUUCUUGGAAAUCGAGUAGCAGAGCUGGAGAAGAAACUAAAAUCCUUAGAAAUGUCUGGAAUAUGGAGCCUGCCAGGCCUGACUUAUAAUGUGUCUCUGGGAAUAUCUGGAAGAGGGAAAGACCCCAUUAUCCUGCAUACUCAACAGGCUGAGUCUCAUGGACAGGAAGGUGAUGAAGGUUCAGAAGAAAUAUAUGUUGAUAAGCAGAGCUCCACAGAAGUCCCAAUCCAAGAGAAUGGACCACCAGCUGUGUCAAGCAGUCAAGAGGAGCUUCUUGAGGAGACCCCAUCCAGCGAGGACACGUGCCCGCCGAAACUCUCGUACCAGUCAGCUGACGAAGAGCCAGUCAGCCCUCAACCCAAAACACCAGACAGUGAAGAGUGUCAUGAAAGUGGUCAAUCGCAGGUAACAACUGAUUUAACAGAUUUAACGAGUCAUCGGUCAAAAGAAGAAAAGUGUGUGAGUGAUUCUUCUCCCACAUACAAUCCGUCGGACCUCUGCCACUUACAGCGAACCAUAGAGAACUCUGACCCCACAGGAGGAGGAGAGAAUGAGUCAGAUGAAUGCACAGAGGGGUUGGAAACUGUUGAAACCGAGGAAAAAAUCAAAAGCACAAUAUCCAGUGCUGCCACUGCAAUUUUUGAAGAAGGGCAGCCCGACUUCCAGACAAACCAGAAGACAGAUUUUUCAGAUGGGACAGAUGCCUGUGUUAGUCAGGAAAUGUCAAGUCUUUCAUGAAUCAUGAAAUACUGAGCAGUCUUUCCUCUGAUUUUUUUUUUUUCAGCAGCGGGGGAAAGGGCUAGGGUUAACAAAAAGUUUGCUGAUCCUGGACCAGCCUGACUCCCUGCCAGAUCAGCAAACUUUCUGUUACUGCUAUUACACAGGUUAGACUCACUGGCCACCAGCACGCUGUGCUGGCUAAACUUAAGUUGCUAUAACCGCUAACUGAUGGUCCGUCUCCAGAACUGCCGCCCAUCUCCUCCCAGCAAAGUAGUCUUCUAGCGGCGGGGAGGAUGGCACUGGGGCCGCUGGGU